CGUUUCCAGCCAACAACCGUCUGUUAUGUAAUUUUUAGUAUCAGUUUCACUUCCGGCACAGCAGGAGGCGCUACACAGCUGCCACGUGAUGUCACCAGAGAAAAUGAAACAUGGCGGAACGAAGGUGACGGUUUGUGAGAGUUGGCGAUAACUGUUAGUAAAAAUUUUGACCCUUCUUGUCUUUGUCGCAGGUGUUUGAACCUUUAGGUGAGCCGCAGCUGUAUUCUUAUACCUUAAUAGGUUCCGCACAUGAAGUGGGAGGUCGUAGUUGAGUUUGUUCGUCUGCAGAGGCCUUACCGAACCGGGCAUUAGCUGUUAGCCACGUUAGCAGCUAAACCAGCGCCUGCUUUUGUUUUUGUCGGGGCCCGGGGAUUGUGUGCUAGAGGGCUGACAUUUUUAAAGCCUUUUGGCUUUUGUUUUUUUUACACUUCGCCUUAUUUUUCAAACACCAUAUCCCCACACUGGACUGUGCAGCUGAUCUAUUUCUAAACAGACUUUAGGUUUUCGUAUUGCACUGCGGGUGGGGUCCAGCUCGUCUUGGGGCGUGCUGGCAGUGCUCUCCGCAAAGGCCAACCACACAACAAAGCCAUACGUGUUACACAGCUAACACACAGCGGGACUGUGUCUGCUUGCCCAGGAACUAUGGAUCCAAAACGCGCACACGACAAACCUCAAACGAGCGGCGGCGGUGGCGGCAGCAGCGAGGACUCCAGCUGCGGGAGCCCCGCGUCCCCCUCGAGCAGCCCCGCACAGCCAUCGAGCAAACCCAUGAUGCCUGGGGGCAACGUGUUCGCUAACGACGGCAGCUUCAUGGAGCUGUUCAAGAAGAAGAUGGAAGAGGAGAGGAGGAAAAAGGAGAUGCAGCAAACAGGUGGAGAUGCCAGAGCCACCGAGCAAGGACAGACACCAGUGGAAAAGAAGGCCCCUCCCGUGACGAGCUUUGUGGGGAAGCGCCGAGGCGGUGUGUUCCUAAAGACCGGCAUUGUUGCGAAGAAGCAGAAACAAGACACAGAAGCUGAGCCAGGCAAGAGCGAUGCUUGGUCUAAGUACAUGGCUGAGGUGAAAAAGUACAAAGCCCACCAGUGUGGCGACGACGACAAGACCAGGCCUCUGGUCAAGUAGGCUCCAGGAGGUGGAAAUGAAGUGCUUUGCUGGUGGGGGGGGAACUACCUGGGACAACCUCAACGAGGGCCUGCCAAUCCUCGCCUCCUGUACUAUCAGUUCGAGUUGCCCUUCAUUUUUACAUCGUUCACAAACUGCUUAGACUUACCCACCCCCUUUUUUUAAAUUGUUUUUGUCAUGCUUGUUACUUGUUGGACUCUGUUCAUUUGAGUUGAUGUCAAAAAAUGUUUCAGACACUUGAACAUUUAUUAUUGUUGAGGACCUUUUGCAUUUUUCAUGUCUGGUUUAUUUGGGGUUUCAUUAAGGACUAAGUUGAUUUAAUAGCUAGAUCAAGGGUUCAAUUAAAUCUACACUGCCUAUAAUUGUGUUAUGUUGUGUUUUGACAUUCUCAUAAAUACCACUGUAUAGGCA